UAAUGAGUCAAAAUAUUUUUCACAGGCAGUCCAAGAUCCUUUAUGGCGAGAGGCCAUGCAAAAGGAAAUUCAUGCUUUGGAAGAAAAUAAAACCUGGACUUUGGUUCAUCCACCACCGGGGAAAAGAAUUGUUGAUUCUUAAUGGGUUUAUAAAAUUAAAUAUAAACCCAAUGGAGACGUGGAGCGCUACAAAGCUAGGUUGGUGGCUAGGGGCUUCACUCAAGUUGAAGGAGUUGACUUUCAUGAAACUUUUGCCCCCGUUGCCAAACUUGUUACCGUACGAUGCAUGUUAGCUGUGGGGCCAAACGCCAAUGGGCGGUACACCAACUGGAUGUCAACAAUGCUUUCCUCCAUGGAGUUCUAUCUGAAGAUGUGUACAUGCGUAUGCCUCAAGGUUUUAUAAAAUUGGGUGACACUCGUGUGGGCAAAUUACAAAAAUCUUUAUAUGGAUUACGAAAAGCAUCACGUAAUUGGUAUCACAAGUUUACUCAGACCCUCGUUAAAAUUGGAUUCCGCCAAUCCCGAGGACCACUCACUAUUCAUCUUUCGACAUAACUCAAUUAUCACUUUUGCCCUUAUUUAUGUAGAUGAUGUCAUCCUAGCUAGAAGUGGUCUUCUCGCUAGUCGUCCAUGUUCAUUUCCUAUGGAGCAAAAUUUAAAACUUCGGCCGGAUGAUGAUAGCCCAUUGGUGGAUGCCUUUUCCUAUCGUCGCCUGAUUGGACGUCUAUUAUAUCUUACAGUUACUCGUCCAGACAUUGUUUACUCUGUUAGUCAACUAAGCCAAUUUCUCACCAAUCCUCGACACACUCAUCUUGAUGCAGCUAUACGAGUACCCCAUUACUUGAAACAAACACCAGGGCAGGGCAUUUUUUUAUCAUCUGAUAAUGACUAUACCUUAAAAGGUUAUUGUGAUGCAGAUUGGGCAGAAUGUUCCUUCACUCGUCGCUCCAGUACUGGUUAUUUUAUCACACUUGGAAAUUCUCCAAUAUCUUGGCGAACAAAGAAGCAGUAUGUUGUUUCUCGUUCUUCCGCGGAAGCAGAAUAUCGUGCUAUAGCUGUUACGAUCAGUGAGAUCUUAUGGUUGUGUUGGCUACUUCAACACCUCAUAGUUCCCCAAAUGGGCCCAACGUCCCUCUAUUGUGACAAUCAAGCUGCACGACAUAUUGCCCUUAGCCCGGUAUUUCAUGAACGCACUAAAUAUUUUGAAAUUGACCGUUUCUUUGUGAGAGAAAGGGUGACUAGUAAUGAAAUUCAACCAUGUUCAAUUUCAACAGCAAAUCAAGUCGCAGACAUCUUUACUAAAGCACUUGGCACAAAUCGCUUUCAGUUUCUCCGGAGCAAGUUGGGUAUUCAUAACCUUCACAUUCCACCUUGAGGGGGAGUAUGAGAUUGCAUAUAGCUACAUUAAUUUUGUUUUUCAUUAUUUUGAUUAUAUGUAUGUAUUAUGUAUGUGGCCAACUUGCAUGGGUCAUCCAUCGUCUCUAUCAUUGAUAAUAGGCUAGGUGUACUUCUUGUAAGGUAUAUAUAUAUAUACCAUGUGUAUGCUUAAUAACAUGCACGAAGCAUAAUGCUUUUAUAAGAGUUCGUCAACUCAUAUUUCUCUAGUUUAAUAUUCUGUAUUAGUUUUAACAAAAUAAAUAAGAAAUUA